AUGGCUUCGGAAUUUAAAGUUGCUAUUAUUACUGGUGGUGCUUCUGGUAUCGGCCUCGCCAUAGCCACCGAUCUCAAAAAUAAAGGCUGGACCGUCGUAAUCGCCGACAUAAACCCCACGACAGGCACCAAAGCUGCCCAAAACAUCGGGGCAAUCUUCCACCAAACCGACGUUUCCUCCUGGUCUUCCCAAUUGGACUUGUUCAAAACCACGUUCCAAAAACACGGUCGUCUAGAUUUCUUCGCUGCUAAUGCGGGGAUAGAUGACAAAAAGAGUAUUUAUGAAGAAACACCAGAAGAAUUGCAGAAUGAUGAACCGGCUCAGCCAUUUUUGAAAGUUAUCGAUGUGGACUUCGUGGCGGUUGUUUGGGGGGUAAAACUUGCUAGUUGGUAUAUGAGACGGAAUGCGAAGAAAGGUGGCGUGGUGGUUUUGACGAGUAGUGCUGCGGGAUUGUAUCCUAUGGUUACGAAUCCGUUGUAUGCGGGGUGCAAAGCCGCUUUGAUAAACUUUGCUCGCUCCGUUUCUUCAACUUAUAUUACCGACGGUAUCAGAGUCAACGUGAUCUGUCCAGCACUAGUCCCCACCGCCAUCUUCCCGGGAAACCUACGAGACUUCUUCCCAGAAGAACAUAUUACACCGGUAUCUACUAUUGUUUCGGCAUAUAACAAAUUCAUUGACGACGAGACUUUAACAGGACAGGUGGUGGAAUGUGCGCAGGAUCAACAUUAUUUUAGAAAACAAGUAGAAUACCCCAGUGAAAGUCAGAGGUGGAUGAAUGAGGAUAGUGGAGAGUGUUGGGGGAAGGCUUAUAAGGUUUAUUUCGCGGCUCAACAGGGGAAGUAA